UGUGAGAGCAACAGGAAACAUGAGCCCAGCCCUAGUGUCGGAAGAGUUAGCUCAUGUUCCUGCAAAAACAAUUAGAGCGAAACGGAAUUCGGGUCCUAUCGAUUUACAUUAUCUUUGUUUCGUAACUCUAUCUACCUACCUAUGUUGUAAACAAUACUUAGGUACAAUAAAAAUGGCGAACGUGAAGCAUUUUUGAUUUCUGACUAAUUUUAACAAUGCAUAAAAUUAUAUAAUUCUCUGAAUUUAAAUGAAACUUUCCACGUCAGCUCUUUAAUUUUAAUGCUAUACAUAUAACUCUAGUGAAUCAUUAUUUGACGAGUCUUGUUUAUUAGAAUUGCUCUUCAGUUAAGAAAUUAUGUUUUAUAAAUUCAUAAUAGUUUUAAUAGUGAUUUCAUUGAAACUAAGGACUUCAAAUGGACAUAACACAAAGAACUUAGCAUGGAAUGGAGGGCCAGUGAAUCUACAGUGUGAGUUCGGCCCGGAUUUGUGGACUAAUGGAUACGUGAAGGAAAACGUGAUUGCAGUGAAGGCGUUACAGUUUCAAGAUAAUAUUUAUGUCAUCACACCGAGAAUGAAACAAGAUGUUCUGGCGACACUUUGGUUGAUUAUUCGAGACAAAAAUGGCGUGGAACUCCAACCUUAUCCUGAGCUCCGAGAUCACAAGCUAACUGACUGCAAUGCUAUACAAAAUGCUGUUGAUUUCUAUUUGGACCAUCUUGGAAAACUGUGGAUCCUAGACACAGGAGUCAUCGAUACGCUUGCAAAUCCAAAAUGCACAUGUCCGCCAAAAGUCGUCGUCAUCAAUUUACUCUUUGGAAAGUUGGUAAAACGCAUCGACAUCAGUUCUUCUCUUUUGGAAGCAAACUCCUUGCUGCAAACCAUUGUCGUUGAAUACGAUUUAGGUGGAAACACUUUCAUAUAUGCCUCAGAUGCAUCAAGAGGAGCAAUUCUUGUGCACGACAUGUCAUCAGGUGCUGGAUGGUCAGUGAUUGCCUGUGGUCCCGCCAAUGGCCUGCAGAUUUCACUGGUGAAGCGGGUGGCACACACAGUCUUAAUCGUAGUCAGGUUGCACCACCCUGGCAUCGUUGAGCUCGACACUACUGCUUUGCGAAGAAGAGACUCCAUUGCUCCACUUACAGUUUUUGGUGAGCAUAGCAAACCAGUAGUGCUGUUGGGUGCAGAAGGUUACUACGUAUAUCUCCGUCACAUUGAGUGCUCAGAUGUACUAGUGUGGAACACACGGGACCCGUACAACGCAUCCCGUCUGGACAACAUACACUCAGCCGGCCCUCGACUGGCUACUACAUCAGUAGCCGGUGACCCACUGAAACCUGUGUUACUGAUCCUUGAUUCAGACUAUCUAACUACGCUUCGAGGGAAUACACCAACAUAUCAUAAAAUUACUUUCGUAAAUAAAAAAUUGCAUUGAAAUAAAAAAGUUAUAAAGUGAAUUAUC